AUGAAUCCAUUAAAGCCCGCGGCAUCUUCCAAAGCAAAGCCCAGCUCGCCGACCGAGCAGCAGGCUCACUCUCCUUCGAAGUCGGAGCUCGGGAAGAGCGCCACAAGGCAGCCCGAGCAGCCGGCCGUGGCGGGCAUACGGCUCGGCAUCGCGGCGUCCCCGAGGAGAGAUGCUCCAGAGGAGGCCGCCACGCGCCACACCCGGCCACAGCUUCAGGCCCACUCAAACGACGAGAAUGCCGAGCCGCCUGUUUCGGUGCCCCCACCGGAGGCCAAGCUGCCGGAGGAACUGCUACUUCCGUCAAGCACGACUCCCUCAUCCGUGCCCCACUCCGGUUCGGAUUCCAAUCCCGACUCCGAUCCCAAGCCCGAUCCCCAGGGAGCCCGGAUGCUGCAGCCACUUGCACCGGAGGCCCAUGCCGCACAGGCACCCACAUCCCAGAUCGAGCCCAUGAGCGACCGGUCCUCGCACGGGCUAUCGUCGGUCAGCUCGUCCGAGCGGAUGGUCAUUGACCAUAUGAAGAAGUUGCAGCCCGGCUCGCCACAGUCGGUGCGACCUCGCGUGGUGGCGCCGUCCUCGGUGGUCAGGCAUGCGGCUGCCCUGUCGGCGGCCUCGUCGCCCCCGACCUCGUCGCCCUGCCACUCGGAUGUCGAGCCGGCGGGCACGGAUGCCUUUGGGACGGUCACCGGCGCCGGCGCGGCGGCAGCCGUGGCAGCGGUACUGGUGCCCCCGUCGCCGGCUUUGCUGACGACCUCGGCCCCGGAGGAGCCCUUGCGCCGGCGGGCCAACGGUGAAAAGCAUCCCUCCAUCAUCAUGGAGCUGCUCAAGCAGCUGAAGGUCGGCAUGGACUUGCACAAGAUCACCCUGCCGGCCUUCAUCCUCGAGCCGAAGUCCCUGCUGGAGAAGAUUUCCGACUACAUGUCCCAUCCGAAGUUCAUCAUCAAGUGCGUGAGAUGA